AUGACUCAAGUUAAUCCAGCGAUAACAAUAGAUUCAGACAAUUUGUCUGAUUGUGAUUCUUCAGAUGAAAGAUCUCAAACAAGUAAAACAAGUGAUGAAGACGCCUCUCAAUUGUUAGAAUUCCGUCCCACUCACUCACAUCUUAAAGCCCCCGAACUAAAACGUUCGGCUUCCAAUUCCUCCAUAAGCUCUUACGCGUCAUCUUCUCCACCCGAAACUCCUUCUCCCUUCUUAGAAGACAAUCAGAAACUCGCAGCUAUAAAAUCUAUUCUUGAUGAAAAUAGAUUGGCUCUUGGCGAGUCCGGUUCCUUGGCACAAAACUGGUUUUCUUGCGGUAAUAUUCGUGCAGAUGGUCGUUGGUUUAAAGAUGAUCAGGGCAGAACUUGUCUAUUACGUGGUGUUAACUUAUGUGGUAACUCAAAAUUACCUACUAAACCGGAUGGUUCAAGUCAUUUAUCCGAAGGAUUUUUUGACCAUCGAAAUGUUUCAUUUAUUGGCAGACCUUUUCCACGUGAAGAGGUAGACCAACAUUUUGCUAGAUUAAGAACAUGGGGUUUAACUUUUGUUAGGUUGUUGGUGACAUGGGAAUCUUUGGAACAUUCUGGACCUGGCAUAUAUGAUGAAGAAUUCAUCGAUUAUUUAAUUUUUGUUAUAGAAAAAAUGUCUCGGUAUGGCAUCAAAUGUUUUAUAGAUCCACAUCAAGAUUGUUGGUCGCGUUUUUCUGGUGGAUCUGGUGCUCCUGGUUGGACUUUUGAAGUUGCUGGACUUGACAUGACAAAAUUCAAAUCAACGGGUGCUGCUUAUGUUCACAACACAAAUCACAAACCAGACGGCUCUUCCUUACCAAUGGUCUGGCCAACUAAUUAUACUAAAUUGGCCAGCAGCACUAUGUUCACAUUAUUCUGGGGAGGUGAUGUCUUUGCUCCAAAUACUCUUUAUGAAGGUGUAAAUAUAAAGGACUUCUUACAAGAAAAAUUCGUUAAUUGUUACAAGAAUUUGGCAAGGCGACUUCAACAUUUAGAAGCGGUCGUAGGAUUCGAAUUGAUUAACGAACCUCAUCAAGGAUACAUUGGUCUUGCUGAUAUGAACAAAUACGAUGGCACUACAACAUUAGUAUUUGGUGAUUCUCCUUCUGCAUUACAAUCAUUUGCAUUAGGAUAUGGUAUACCUCAAGAGAUCGAGGUUUGGGUAAAGUCAUGGCCAUAUCCCACAAAAAAAGAUAGCACUCAUAUACUUAACAAGGAACGUGAUUCUGCUUGGCUUAACGGUGAAUGUAUCUGGCGUCAACAUGGCGUCUGGGAUGUUGACAGUGCAACUGGUAAUCCAAAAAUCUUGAGAAAGGAUUAUUUCACUCAUCAUCCAAACACCGGUAAAAAAUUAGAUUAUUAUAAAGAUUUCUAUUUACCUUUUGUUAAAAAGUAUUCGGAAGGUAUUCAAAGUGUCAAAAAGGAUUAUUAUGUAUUCGUUGAGCCACUUCCUAAUGAGCCACCACCAACUUGGACAGAACACGAUCAUCAUGAAAAUAUAAUAUAUGCACCACAUUGGUACGACUUAAAAUCUCUAUUUAAUAAAACAUUUAACGGUAUGAUAACUCAUGAUGUACAACGGCUUACUAAGGGAGCUCAACAUAUUGUUUCUGCCACUUAUUUUGGAAUUUCUGGAGCAAAAAAAAAUUAUACAGGUCAAGUACGUAACAUUAUGAAACAUGGGUUACAACGUGUUGGUGAAAAACCUUGUAUAAUUGGUGAAUGUGGAAUACCAAUGGAUAUCAAUGAAAAGAAAGCUUUUGAAGAUGGUGAUUAUACCCACCACAGUAAUUUCUUGGAUGCUGUUUUAGGUGCCAUGGAAAGAAAUCUUGUUAAUUUCACGUUGUGGAAUUAUAAUCCAUUAAAUGAUAAUAAACAUGGUGAUCAUUGUCCUACAAGUCCUACAAGCCCUAUUUCACCAUUUGACUUAACUCAAGUUCAUUUCUGGGAACAAGAAGAUUCAAGCUAUGAUCAUUAUCAUCAUCAGGGUGGAAGAGUUUUAGAUGCUCGCCCAUAUGCAGCAAAAACGCCAGGUGAACCAACACUAAUGACCUUCAAUCUGAAAACAUUAGAGUUCAUCUUCAAAUUCAAAAACGAUCCGACCAUAAAAAAAUAUGCCACCGAUAAUGAAUCGUUACCAUUACCAGAAACCGAAUUCUACAUACCGAACUAUCACUACAAAAAUUUAAUACUUGAUAUUCGUGUAUCAGAUGGUGAUUGGCGAUAUGUUAAAUCUAGCCAGACGUUAUACUGGAGAGUUAAAGAUUGGACUACGGAAGGAAUCACUCAUUCGUUGAGAAUAAGAGUUGUUGAUAAAGGUAAUGUAGUAAAUGAAAAAGAAGAUACAUUAUCAUCGUCUACUACUGUUACUUUCGGUAGCGCUGUUGCUGUUACCGUAGAUUCUUCUAAUUUUAAAAUUCAAUAUAUCAAUUGA